UGCGGCCACGCAGGAAGCCGUCUGCAGACAGCUGGAGCGGCACGCGGCCUCGACGGGCGGCAGCGGGAAACUCCACACCUGCCUGCGAGGGCCGCCUUGUCUCCAGUCGCGGAGCCGGACAGCGGCGGCGCCGGGCCAGAGCGGGCCGGGGCGACUCCACACCGCCCCGCUGGGCGUCACGGCGAAGCGGCCCCCUUCUCCAGGGCGGAGGCAGCGGCAGGGGGCGCUCGGGGGCGGCUCGGCGGGCGGGGGCGGUGCUGGCAGGCGCCAGCGCUGGGCGGGCUACGGAGCCCUAGCCGUGGCGUGGCGGCGGGCGGCGGCUUCAACCCUGCCUGCUGCUCCGGUUUCGGCACUGGAGGAGGCUCUGGGCGCGGCAGGGCAGCUAAUUUAGGCUCUUGCAAGGUCCUGCAGGCAGGGGCGUGUCACCUCCAUGUGCUGGCUGGUGGGAACACUUCAAGUUCUUUAUAAACAGACUAGAGAAGCUGGUAGCAGAAAAAAAAAAGCCUCUGCCAUCGGGUGCUGCCAGAGCCUGAGCAUGAUGGCAGCAAACUUUUGAGAUGAGUAUCUAAAGGGUCUCCUUGGAGCCUUCUCUUCAGGCUGAACAGCCCUCACUCUCAGCCUUUCUGCAUACGAGAGGUGUUCCAGCCUUUGUAUAAUUUCCAUGGCUUCCUGUGAAUAUUCCUCCACAGGUUGUUGUAGCACCAAUUGACUUGGUCAUAACUACAAGAUCUCAGCCACAAGUUUACAUUCCUGAAGGAAUAAAGAAAGUCCUUUGAAGCACAAAAGGAAAGAUUUGGCUUGCACCGCUUGCUGACACAACUGUUUCCUGCAGUUUUCAUUUCAAGAGUAUUAAGUUCUUUAGCUGUCUGAGAAUGGAUGCUGGACUCCUGGGGUUUAGUGGAUGAAAAAUGUACUGUCUGGUUGUCUGCUGCCAAAUGGCUGGGCACCACUGAUAUAUGAAGAUGAAACCAUGAAGAGGAAGCAGAACAAAUAAUAAUGCUUUUCCGAAACCGCUUUCUGAUCUUGCUGGCUUUGGCAGCCUUAUUAGCCUUUCUGAGCCUCAGUCUACAAUUCUUGCAUUUAAUCCCAGUAAACCCCAUCCGGGAAGGUGGGUUGAACGCUAAGAGCCGAAAGAGAAUAAUGCCUGAUUUGCUGACGGAGCCUCCUGCAAUAGAUCCCAUUUAUGAAGCUCGUGUUUACUGCAAUAUUCCCACCAUUGCUGAACGCAGCAUGGAAGGUCAUGCACCUCAUUAUUUUAAGCUAGUGUCAGUUCAAGUGUUGAUUCGACAUGGUGAUAGGUAUCCACUCUAUGCCAUUCCCAAGACAAAGAGGCCUGACAUCGACUGUAUGUUGGUGCCUAGCAGGAAACCUUCUCAUACUCAGCUUGAAGCUUUCAUUAAACAUAUGUCCAAAGGCUCUACAGCCCAGCUGGAUGGUUCCCUGAGCAGCCUGCCACGUUACCCGAGUCAUUCCUUGUGUGAAAUGGGAGAGCUUACACAGACAGGAGUUGUGCAGCACUUGAGAAAUGGACAACUAUUACGAGAAAUUUAUAUAAAUAAACAUAAACUGCUGCUGAGUGACUGGACAGCAAAGCAGCUCUACUUGGAGACAACAGGGAAAAGCCGAACCCUGCAGAGUGCUUUGGCGCUGCUCUACAGUUUUUUGCCAGAUUUUGACUGGAAGAAAAUUAAUAUGAGACAUCAGUGGAGCACCAUUUUCUGCUCUGGAAGCUGUGACUGUCCUAUGCGAAACCACUACCUAGAGGAGGAGCAGCGCAGACAGUACAGUUUACGGGUGAAAAACAGUGAUUUGGAGAAAAUCUAUGUGGAUAUGGCCAAAAUAGUGGGCAUUCCCACCAGGCAGCUGAGGGCAUCCAACCCAAUAGAUUCUCUCUUGUGCUAUUUUUGCCACAAUGUCAGUUUUCCGUGUACCAAAACUGGCUGCAUAGGUAUGGAACACUUCAGAGUCAUCAAAAGACAUCAGUUGGAGGAUGAGAGGGAAAGACAGGAAAAGAAGCUUUAUUUCUUGUAUGCGCUGUUGGCUACUCAUCCUCUCCUCAACCAGACUGUCAAUCGGCUGCAGCGCAUUGCAGAAGGCAAAAAGGAAGAAAUAUUUGUUCUUUACUCUGCACAUGACGUGACAUUGUCACCUGUUCUUAGUGCCUUGGGCAUUACAGAGGCCAGAUUUCCUAGAUUUGCUGCCAGGUUAGUUUUUGAACUGUGGCAGGAUGGGAAGAGACCCAAAGAACACUUCAUCCGUAUCCUCUAUAAUGGCGCCGAUGUCACAUUCCAGACCUCGUUUUGCAAGGACUAUUAUAAACGUUCCAGCAAGCCAAUGUGCCCACUGGAGAAACUGAUCAGCUUCGUCAAGAGGGAUAUGUUCUUAAUUUUCAACAGCACUAGUUACUAUGACGCAUGUCGUAGAAGACCACUGUAGAGAAGCAAGGUGGAAAAGAAGCAAUGCUGAUUUGUGUUAUCAGUUGAAGUCUGUAUUCUGGUUGAGGCACAGUUCAACUUUGUUACUUCUUGUCCUUGGAUGUAUACGUACAAGAGGAUAUUGCUUGAAACAGCCUUCAAAUUGUUUUAUUUUCAUUCAGGCUGCCAUUGGUCUCUAAUAGAACAAGUAAUGAGGGAGUGUCUGUGUGUGCUCACAUAUGCUGUGUUACCUGUAGUGAUAAAUCCAUGGGCUACUGUACCCUGGAUAUUGUUUGAUGAAAAGUGAGAGAGCAGAGACUUUUGUUUCUCUGUUUUCCAGAGGAAUACUUGGAUGCCAAAAGUUCAAAACCAUUCCUUCCCCUCCCCACUAUCUCACACUCAUUGCAAGCAGUUUGUAUCAAGAUCUUGAUGAAUUCCAGGCAUCUGCAUUAAGCUAUUUGUGAGGAAUUCUAGAAGCUCCCUACUCAGAAAGAAGCAUGUUAAUGUUUAGGGGCAGGUCUUUGAGACAAAGUGCGUGUGUGCAUAUGUACUUAGCAUGUCCAAAUGAGCCUGUGCCUUUUUAACCUCACAGACCUUUGAAUACCUGGCUACUGUUGCCAGUGCCAGAGAAGGGUAUACUGGAAAAUGGAUACAAAUCCCUCUUCUUUAAUCACACUUUCAGCACUUUGAAUAGACCAGACACAGUCCAGAAAUAUGUAAAAUCUUGUGACAUUACAACAGAUAGCAAACACUACUGUUGCCACUAAACCUGAGGUUAGGAUUAGAAAUCAGUUCUGUGGUGAAGUGUUGGCUCUUUCCCAUUGUGAAUGUGUUCAAGCUGCUGUGCUGUGGAACAAAUCAGUGUUUUAGGAGUUUAACAUAGUGACUGCUUGAGUCAGCCUGACUAAACACUACAAGAGUUAGUAUUUUUAUGGCCUAGGAAGCUCUUCUUUUGUAAGGUCAGACCUGUACAUAUUGUACUGUGUAUAUUUGUAACACAGUAGAUCUUUCUUACUUCUUUAGUCAGUAAAGACUUGUGAAACUCAUUUUUAGACAUUUCUUCCCCUUGAUCAGAAUGUUUAGAUUUAAGAAUAAACUGUCUUUUAUGGAUGACUUGAUAUGGGUAGAGAACUUGAAACUGCUUUCAUUGCUUUUGAAGAAGUAAAUUGAGAACCAAUUUUUUAAUAGAACUAGGAAUUUUGUAAUAGUGAAGGUUUUUUACACCUCUAGGAAUUAUAUAGUCUGUGACUUGUGAUUCGAUGGUGCUAGUUCAUCAAAGAAGAUAUAACUCAGCCUAAGUUCUCUGACUGUGGCCCUUCCACGCUGUCUUCAAUGCUGCAUUUCAAAAUGUUUCUUCAAAUAAAACUUGGGGGACUCUUUGUA